CAAGGAUAAUCCGCCCGCUGUGAAGCCCUCUCCAAAAGGUUUCGAGAUGUCAGACUAUAGGAAUCGAGGAAAAAAAUGGCAGCCAACGAACCAGGCCACGGAGAGAGAUAACUUUCUCCUUUCGUGGCUAGAAUUGUUUGCUGUUCAGAAAACGAUGGCCCGUUGAUUUGACCAUGGUGAUUCUUGAAUAGCAUUGUAUCAGUAAACUUUUCCCAAGUCCCUGACACAUCAGACGUGCCGCAGAAGUUUGUGUCCAGAAAGGCAUCGACGUUCAGAUAAGACUCGACAUCGACUCCGUAACCAGGAUUGGACAUUGCUGGCGUUGCGCUCAUACUGUCAAGGUCUGUCGUCUGAGAUGAUACUGUCGACGGCUGGUGUAUAUCUUGUCGGGGGCCAUCUACGUUCAUGUCAGAGUUCAUUUCGGUCGUCGUGGUGGUCGCCUGAGUGAGCGAUGGCAGCGAGCCUAUUCCAGACCCAUCGUACGAUCUUGGGGACGAAGAGUAGGGGGAUCCUGUCGUCGGCGACGAGUCUUCCUGAUCGUUCUGGGCAGAGGCUUCGGCGGUAGGAAGUAUAUAAGGCUGGUCCUGAUCAUGCCUUUGGUCUUCUGUUGAGGACUCGAGUCACGUUCGACCCCAAGUCCAGCAGUCUGCCCAAGCGGUCUGAGCUGCCUGCAAUACCAGGUGCGCCCGAAGGAGCAGCUUGGUUCUGGGGCAAUGACGAUGAUGUCGGUCGCGUCAAUAUGCUGACUCCUGAACGUACCGCUGCGGCGGCCAAGCUGAUUGAGACGGGUGAAGUUGUCAGCAUGAACUGGCCCAUCAAUCUCCCAGAUCCGCCGGUGCUUGGGCGAGAGCCGUUCAAACAUACGCUCAAAUCGGUCCUUGGAUUUGGAAAUGAUGAUAUCUUUGAGAUGAAUUCUCAAUGUAGUUCACAGUGGGACGGUUUGCGACAUAUCAGUAUAAAUCAUAAUGGUGUACGAACGUACUACAACAACGUCACGCAGCAUGACGUCGAAACCAGCAAUCGGCUUGGCCUUCAGGCUUGGGCAGACACAGGUAUAGUUGGUCGAGGUGUACUCAUCGACAUCUGGGAUUUCAAGAACGGAUCGUAUGACCCACACGGCCACCACAAUAUCUCUGUGCAAGAUAUUAUGGACUGUGCGAAGGCACAAAAUGUGGAGUUCAAGUACGGGGACAUUCUGAUUAUCCGCUCCGGCUAUAUACACAAGUAUAAUGCAUUGGAUUUUGAUCAACGAAAGAGCCUGUCAGAAACAGGCCCAUGGGAGUUCGGCAAUCCUGGCAUUGAGCAGACCGACGAAAUGCUGGACUUUCUCCACGACAAUUAUUUCAGCAUCCUGGCAGGCGAUAGCCCUGGCUUUGAGGCGAUGCCACAGCCCGCGGGCAAAAUUUUCCAUCAGAUAUUGAUUCCUUUGUGGGGCCUGAGUAUUGGGGAACUCUUCGAUCUGGAGAAACUCUCUCAAACUUGCAAAAAGUACGGACGCUACGAAUUCUUCUUCUCUAGCUCUCCCCCAAAUAUCCCAGGUGAGAACUAUAUUGUUCGUGUUGUGUUUGUAUGACUUGUUAAAUUUGUUGAUCAGGUGCUGCUGGAUGCUAUCCUAAUGCUCUGGCAAUCUUCUAGGUCUUUUGACCGCGAAAUCUGAACUAUGCGGAGGGAGUGAGGAAAUUGGACGCCUUUUCUACCAUUGAGGCUUUCUCGCUGCAUGGUUACAAGACCACCACAUAGCUCUAUGUUAACACCAGGAAUCCCAGCCACUUCGGACAUUUCAUACCCCGUAUUCCCCGAAAAUCCCGACACAAGACAUCAUUUGAACUUGAGCAUUCUGUGCAAGUAGUAUGGUUUUAGAAAUGCACAAACAUGAACAUAUCGAUAAUUUUGUG